AGGUAAAUUUUUGUCAAAAUUAGUUUAUUUUUCACUUGACCGCUUGUAGUAUUGAAGUUGACAGCUUUCUCUUCUUCAUUGUUUUGGAUUUAGUGAUUUUUCCGAUUUUCCUGGCCUUUUCUGGCCACAGGAGUGAGGGAAAUAGAGUGAGAGGUAUUACACCAUCACACCAUGGCAUCGGCUGAGCCAGUAAACAAGACAUGGGACUUGUCCUUGUACGAGAUACAUCGUGCACCCCAGGAAGCCAUCACGGAUAAUACGGAAAUUGCAGUUUCGCCGCGGAGUCUGCACAGUGAACUGAUGUGCCCAAUUUGUUUGGACAUGCUAAAGAAGACAAUGACCACAAAGGAGUGUCUUCAUCGCUUCUGCUCAGAUUGCAUUGUAACGGCACUUCGGUCGGGGAACAAGGAGUGCCCAACAUGCCGAAAGAAGUUGGUGUCAAAGCGCUCCCUGCGCCACGAUCCGAAUUUUGAUUUGCUCAUAUCCAAGAUUUACCCGAGUCGUGAUGAGUAUGAAGCCCACCAGGAGCGUGUCCUGGCAAAAUUUAAUCAGAGUCACUCACAGGCUGCACUCGUGAACUCCAUCACGGAGGGUAUCAAGCUUCAGUCGCAAAAUCGCCCACAGCGCUCGAAGAAAGCAAAUGAGGAGAACGGAAGUCAACCCCCGAAUUCAUCGGGUGGCAAUGGUACGAGUAAUCCCCCGAGUGGGGCUGAUUCUGGCACACGGGAAUCAUCAUCGAGUGCUGGAGCUUCGACGGGGGGUGAACCGAAUCGCCAAGCGUCGAAUCCACCCUCAAUCAGAAGUACCCCAUCACCCGUACUCUCCACCAACAGCUACGGCAGUAAGCUCAAGCGCUCCCGCUCAGUUCUCACAUCAGAGCGGUCAGAGGAAUCUGAGAGCAACAGUGAGAUGGAUUGUCGUACUGAAGGAAAUGACUCCAACAUUGACACGGAGGGCGAUUGCAACUCCGAUGUGGGGAUGAGUGAUGAAAUUGAGCUUGUCUUCAAGCCCCAUCCAACAGAGAUGGCUGGGGACAAUCAGCUGGUGAAGGCUCUCAAGGAGAAUUCCGUACGAUAUAUCAAAACCACUGCAAAUGCCACCGUUGAUCAUCUCAGCAAGUAUCUGGCAAUGAGGUUAACACUCGACUUGGAAACGGAGCUUCCCGAGCAAUAUCGUUUGGUGAACUUUUGCAUCUACAUCGCACCGCAACCGUCGCAAUUGGUGGUUUUAAGUGGGAAUCAGUCUCUACAGCAGGUCAAUGAGAAGUUUUGGAAGGUGAAUAAACCCCUGGAAAUGUAUUACUCAUGGAAGAAAUCCUAGGGAACAGUGUUCCGUCCUCCAAAUGAGGGCACCAAGACUACCCAUCACGCAAAAUAAUGAUUGAGGUGAAUUUUCUUUUAACAUUAAUAAAUUCCUUCUCAUAAGAUUGACAUGUAGUUUCCCAUUUUAUUAUUAUUUUAAACCAUCAUUGAGUAGAUUGUCAAUUUAAUAAGUUCUUAACUACAUUACAAAAAAACAGUUACACCACCCUUUAGAAGUUUUAGGAUACAUUUCAAAGGGAUUUCAUGACAAAUUUUCCACAAUUCUUUAAAAGAAUAAAUUCUUUGUUUCAACAAUUUUAGUAAAAUUGAAUUCUAUAUGUUCUUUCUCGUAUCAUUCUUUAAUUUAUUCUCAAACCCUAAUACGUACUUUGAGAUAUUUCUUUGCUGUAUAAGGAAAAACUUCUAAAUGGUGAUGUAUUUAUUUUCCAAAAUAUGUAUUCUUAGUGUGUAGUUCCCCAAAAUGAAUAGAAUAAUGAGAUUUAGUAAACAUAAAUAGGCAUAAAUCUUAUGCAAACAUAAAUAUCUCAUGUAAAAGAUAUAUAUAGAAGCCAAUUUACAUUACAAGUAAAUUAAAUUAAAUUAAAAAAAAAAUGUCAUAAAAAACGCUCCAUGAAAAAAAAUGUGGGGAAAUUAUAUACUUUAUGAUAAUAUAUAAAUGAAAAAAUAUAUGUAAUAAAAAGGAUUUUCUCUGUGAAA